UUGGAAGGUAUCUUAAAAGAACUGUAUUGAUCCAAGGACCAUGCUCACAUUUCACCCAAAUCCCAAGCCGUGGCACCCAUCUACUCCAACGAACUUCUCCUCUAUCCCAUUCAAAGCCAGAAGCUUCCCUUCAAGGAUUGCAAACAGUAUCAAUGAAAAAAAUGAACCAAAGCAAUCCUCAGCAGGCAAAAUCAAGCGUCUUGUUCUAACUCAAGAAGGUAGAACCAAAUUCAACGCUUACCCAGAUCGAGAAUUCUAUGCCUACCCACGCUUUGUGACCCAUGUUGACAGUGGCUUCAUUUCCACACUGACCGAUCUUUACAGGGAACGGUUGAGCCCUGGUUCAGAGAUUCUGGACCUUAUGAGCUCAUGGGUUAGCCAUCUACCUAAAGAAAUAGAGUACAAAAGAGUGGUGGGACAUGGGCUCAAUGCACAAGAGCUUGCCAAGAACCCCAGGCUAGAUUAUUUCUUUGUGAAGGAUCUCAACCAGGAUCAGAAGUUGGAAUCCGACAGUUGCAAUUUCGAUGCUGUCUUGUGCACAGUUAGUGUGCAGUAUCUUCAAUAUCCUGAAAAGGUAUUUGCAGAGGUGUUUCGGGUGUUAAGGCCAGGAGGGGUGUUCAUUGUCAGCUUCAGUAACCGAUUAUUCUACGAGAAAGCCAUCAGUGCAUGGAGAGAUGGAACUGCAUACAGCCGGGUGCAACUAGUAGUACAGUACUUCCAAUGUGUGGAAGGAUUCACACAACCUGAAACCAUCCGGAAAUUACCAGCUACUAAUGGUGCUCAAGAGGACAAGGGGCCUCUCAGUUGGAUCACGAGGUUGCUGGGAUUUUUGUCCGGUUCAGACCCCUUCUAUGCAGUUAUAGCUUACAAGAACUUUAAGCCUUUAUAUGAAUGACUCUUAAGUCAUCUGCUUUUGGGUUAGGCUGAUAAGCUCACCCCUUUUCAGCUUUGAAAAGAUUCAAUCCUUUAGAGCAAACACCAUUGAUAAUUUCUCUCCUCAUGGGUUCUAUCUACUCAUGUUUAGAAAUGCUAUAAUUCCCAUCUUUUGCAGCACACAGAAAACCAUAGAUUUUCCUUGUAUCUGCUGGAUGCCUGAGCAGUACCUCUUGUAUGAUCCACAUGCUAUAAUUUUAAUAGCUUCCAAAUUUGUGACAAAAUUUA